CAGCCUCCCCACAAGAUUAGUUCCUCUUCCUCAGACCCUGAUAAGAUGAUGUCCUCAUGACACGAAGAAGAAAUAAGCCUGAAUAGGACAUACACUUGGUGUGGGUUCUUACAACAAGAAGACGAAAUAUCUGCCACCUCUGGCAACUGGAAGACACCAUGACUCCCACUCUCACUGCCCUGCUGUGUCUUGGAUUGAGCCUGGUCUCCGGGAACCCUGCACUUUCAGGGGAACCCUGUAAACCCACAAUCAGGGUGGUGCCAAGCAGUGUGGUAGCUAUUGGGAGCCAGGUGACAAUCUUCUGUGAAGGGCCGUUACAUGUUAAGGAGUACUAUCUCUACAAAGAAGGAAAUGAAGAUAACCUGCUACAAACAACCCUUCCUGAAACCAAGAACGAGGCCAAGUUCUCUAUCUCUUCAAUUGAAUGGUACCAUGCAGGUCAAUAUUGGUGUUCCUGUGAAAACCCUACUUACAUGUCAGAACAAAAAAGUGACAUCCUGGAACUAGUAGUAACAGGAUAUCUCCCUGCCAAUAUCACCCUUUCAGCCCUUCCCAGCUUUUCCUUGAACUCUGGAGACUAUGUGACCCUCCAGUGUGACUCAAAAGAAGCACAUGACAGAUUCUACCUAAUGAAGGAAAGUUGGAAGGUCACAACUGUGCCCUCACAGCGUACAACCACUGGAAUAUUCCAGGCUGUAUUCAAAGUGGGUCCUGUGACCACCAAUGAAAGAUGGAGUUUCAUAUGUUACGGCUAUAAUACGAGCCACCCCCAGCUGUGGUCAGAGCCCAGUAACCGCCUAGAGCUCUUGGUUUCAGGAACCCUCCAUGUGCCCACCAUCUGGGCUCAUCCAGGUCCUGUGGUGACAUCAGGGAGCCCUAUGACCAUCUGGUGUGAGGGGACCCAUGAGACCGAAAUAUAUAUGCUAUGUAGAGAGCAAAGCCAAGAAUACUGGUCCACACAGAAUCAAAAGGGCCACAACAAGGCAAAUUUCACCAUCUCAUCUGUGACACAUCUGAAUGCUGGGCAAUAUCAAUGCUACUCUUACACCUCUGUUGGGUGGUCAGAACCAAGUGCCACUCUAGAGCUGGUGGUUACAGGAGUCUAUGAAAAGCCCACCAUUUCAGCCCUGGAAAACCCUGUUGUAAAGUUAGGAGAGUCUGUGUCCAUUUCAUGUGCCUCAAAUCAGAUAUUUAACUGGUUCAUUUUAAGGAAGAACAAUCAGACAAUCUACAGAUCUGGAAAUGAAUACUCUGGGGUGACUCGGGUCAGGUUCCAAGUGGGUCCAAUAACGUCUACAGAAACAUGGAGGUUCAGAUGCUUUGGCUAUUUCACUACUAAUCCUCAUGUAUGGUCAGAAGCCAGUGACCCCCUCGAGCUCCUGGUCUCAGGUACCCUCAAGAAACCUACCUUGUGGGCAGAGCCAGGUUCUGUGAUCGCCUCUGGGAAUUCUGUGACCAUUUGGUGUAAGGGGACCAUGAAAACCCAAGUAUAUUUCCUGUAUAAAGAAGGAAGCCCUGCACCCUGGGAUAGACAAAUUCCAAAGGAACGUAGUAACAAGGUCAAGUUCUCCAUAGCAUCCAUGGAAAAGCAUAACACGGGGCGAUAUCGCUGCUACUGUUACAAUUCUGCUGGGUGGUCAUACCGUAGUGACACACUGGAGUUGGUGGUGACAGGUGUCUACCAUGACAAACCUACCCUGUCAGCCUUGCCCAGGCCUGUGGUGACCUCAGGUGGUAAUGUGACCCUUCAGUGUGUCUCAUCAAAAGGAUAUGAUUGGUUUAAUUUGUCUGGGAAAAAUAUGAAAUUCUUCAGGUCCGAAAAGGCAAAUUUGAAACACGCAGGACAGUUCCAGGCUCUGUUUCCUAAUAUCUCUGUGCCAUCCGGAAAGAGUGGGCUAUUUAGAUGUUAUGGAUACUAUACAAAUACUCCAUACGUGUUUUCAGUGGCCAGUAACGAUCUGGAGAUACAUGUUUCAGGGCUGUCAAGGAAGCCUUCUCUGCUGAGCCUGCAAGGUACUGUCCUGGCCCCUGGAGAAAACCUGACCAUGCAGUGUUCUUCUGAGAUCAGUUAUGGCAGGUUUGCUCUGUCCAAAGAUGGUGGAAGUGACCUCCCCCAGCUCUCUACCCAUCAGUCACAGACUGGACAUUUUCAUGUCAACUUUAUCUUAGGCUCUGUGAAUUUCUCCAUUGGUGGCCAGUAUAGAUGCUAUGGUGCACAAAACUUCUCCUCUGAGUGGUCAGCACCCAGUGACCCUCUGGAUAUCCUGAUCAAAGGACAUCUCCCUGAUACACCCACUCUCUCAGUGCAUCCAGGCACCAGUGUGUCCUCAGGAGAGAAUGUGACCCUGCUGUGUCAAUCAUCGAUCCCAGUCGACACUUUCUUUCUGUUCAAGGAAGGAGCUGCAUAUCCCUACAUGAUUCAAAUAUCAAAACUCCAAGAUCCACAAUGUGUGGCAAAAUUCUCUCUGAGCGCUGUGACCCCAGCCCUUGGGGGUACCUAUAUGUGCUUUGGUUCUAAAAGCUCAUUCCCUUACCUGUUGUCACAUCCCAGUGUUCCUGUGGAGAUCAAAGUCUCAGGUGAGGUGAUCCAGACUGUUGUGUCCUCAGAAUGUAACCCAGGAUUCUUGACCCAGGAAGUUCUUGGUUGGGCUAGGAGUAAGUUCACCUAGUAAUAA